AUGCAGGCGCGCGAGGUCAAAGACCCCAGUCAUGUCGACGAGAAGGUCCCGGAGAAGGGCGUCUACAAGGAUGCAGACAAAGCUCUUGAAUUUCUCCGCCUGAAUGAGGAUGGUGAAGAAGGCACUGUCGUCUCCAUCGACGAGAAGACCCUGAUCAGGAAAAUUGACUGGAUGAUCGUACCUAUCAUGUUCGCCUGCUACUUCCUACAGUAUCUGGACAAGUCGCUCUUGAACUUUGCAGCAGUCAUGGGUAUCAGAGAAGAUGCCAACCUGACAACCGAGCAGUAUGGCACUCUGUCUUGGCUUUUCUAUCUCGCCUUCCUUAUCUUCGAGAUGCCACACGCAUACCUUAUGCAGCGGCUGCCAACCGCAAAGUACCUUGGCGCCUGCGUCUGUGCUUGGGGUACCGUCGUGAGUUGCACCGCAGCUUGCGACUCCUACACAUCUCUUGCAGUCUGUCGUUUCUUGCUCGGCGCUUUCGAGUCUGCCAUCAGUCCGUCCCUGAUCCUAGUCACAUCAAUGUGGUACAAGCGUGACGAACAGCCUAAGCGCAUCGGUUUCUGGUACCUCGGCGUCGGGACGGCCGUGAUGGUCGGUUCGCUCGUCUCGUACGGCUUCCAGCACUACACCGGCGACAAGUUCAACAAUUGGCAGAUUAUGUACCUCGUAGUCGGUCUCAUCACGAUCACUGCAGGUAUCGUCGUCAUUCUUUUCUUGCCCGACAACCCAAUGUCAAGCAGGCUGACACACGAGGAAAAGGUCAUGGCUGUGUCAAGACUCCGGGAGAACAACACCGGCAUUGAAAAUAAAACCUUCAAGCCAUACCAGUUUCGUGAGGCUAUGACCGAUCCCCAGGUCUGGCUGCUGGCUUUUAUCACGACUGCAGCCAGCAUCCCCAAUGGCGCUGUGUCGUCUUUCCAGAGCGUCAUCAUCUCCGGCUUCGGCUUCUCAAACAAGGAGACCGCGCUCAUUCAGAUCCCAGGCGGUCUGAUCACCGUAGUCAGCACGCUUAUUGGUACCUACGUUGCAGGCCGUUACAACUGCCGCGGACUUAUGCUUGUUACAUGGGCAGCCCUUGGUGGUAUCGUUGGUGGUGGCAUGAUUGCCUUUAUACCUGCCAGCAACAGAGCCGGCAGACUGGCAGGCAACUAUUUGACAAACAUGACCGGCUCGUUUCUGCCACUUGCCUAUGCCUUUGCGGCUUGCAACUUCGCUGGACACACCAAGAAAGUCACCAUGAACGCUAUACUGCUUAUGUCAUUCUGUCUAGGCAACAUCCUUGGACCUCUGACCUUCCGCAACGAGGAUGCACCCAACUACACACCAGCAAAGAUCACAAUCGUAGCUGUCGAAGUCACUGUCCUCUGUGCCACUGCAGUCUUGGUGUUCUACUACCGUUGGGAGAACCGCCAACGAAAUGCUGCAGGCGUUAGUCAUCGAACAGACGUGGAGUUCAGCGACAUGACUGAUAGGGAGAACAAGGAGCUUCGAUACAAGUACUAG